CAGGCGCCUCCUUUUCGCGUAGGGUUUUUUCCGGGGUGGGCGUGGCCCAUCACAGGUGUAGGCGUGUCUGGAGCGCUCCCUCCGCGCGCGCGAUGGGGCUGCUGAGCAUCCUGAAGAAGAUGAAGCAGAAGGAGCGAGAGCUGCGCAUCCUCAUGCUAGGCCUGGACAACGCGGGCAAAACCACCAUCUUGAAGAAGUUCAAUGGGGAGGAGAUCGACACCAUUUCGCCCACUUUGGGGUUCAACAUCAAGACCCUGGAGCAUCGGGGGUUCAAGCUGAACAUCUGGGACGUGGGCGGCCAGAAGUCCCUCCGCUCCUACUGGCGCAACUACUUCGAGAGCACCGACGGCCUCAUCUGGGUGGUGGACAGCGCUGACCACCAGCGGCUGGAGGACUGCAAGAGGGAACUGCAGAGCCUUCUGGUGGAGGAGCGUUUGGCCGGAGCCACCCUCCUCAUCUUUGCCAACAAGCAGGACUUGCCGGGGGCUUUAUCCUCCAGUGCCAUCCAGGAGGCCUUGGACCUUGACAGCAUCCAGAGCCAUCACUGGUGCAUCCAAGGAUGCAGCGCAUACACGGGAGAAAACCUGCUCUCUGGCAUCGACUGGCUCUUGGACGACAUCUCCAGCCGGGUCUUCACAGCGGACUGAGCGCCGGAGCAGAUGCCUCCCGUUUGUCUCGCCAACACUAAAUAAUUCGGACUGCGUUUCUUUAAAUAGCUGGGAUUCUUUGGAGCAUCUUUUGCACUUGUUGCUUGCUGCCAAGUGCACAUGUACAUGGAUGAAAAGGAAGAAAAGAUGCACUGCUGAAAUAAUCAGGUUUGAUGUCGCUUUGGCUGCUCUGGCUUAAUGCUGUGGAUUCCUGGGAUUUGUAGUUUGAUGCACUGCCAUUCCCAGAAUCCCAUAGCCUUGAGCUAUGGCAGUUUUAGUGGCACCCAAACCAGAUUGUUUCUGCAGUGCGGAUGCUUCCUCUUGUCUUGAAACCUUACUAAUAAAGCUCUUGCUGUGACCCAAAA